AUGUUUAGAAGUCCAAAAAUAGACGAACCAAAUUUUUUUGAUGGGGCCAACUGGCAAAUAAAAAAAGUAAAAAGUGUAAUAGAGAAAGAAGAGUAUGAUGAAAAUGAAGAAGAAGAAGAAAGUAUUUCAUCAAAUAUAUUUCUGUUAGAUGCUCAAAAAGUUCCUUCGAUAAAGGAUGACGUUCUGUUUCCAAAGGAAAAAUCCUCCAAAAUCUCUUUAAAUGUACAGACUAAAGUUCGGUCACUUAAUUUCUCUGGAAACUUAUUGUCUAAUGACCAACUUAGACAUCUUCCAUAUACAAUAGAAGGCCAACUUCAAUUAAUACUUGGUGAUAGAGUUAGUAUUGAAUAUAAAAAAUUAAAUAAAUCUUUAUUAUUUAAUUUACCUCUUGGUCUGGUAUUAAAAAUAAACGAAGAAAAAAGUAAAAAGGAUGAAAAGAUGAAGGAACGAGAAAUAUUUUUUGGAAGUCCAAAUUCAAAUUUUUUUGAACCGCAAUUUUCUGCUUUAUGUGCUUUUGUUAACUGUGAGCCUCUUAAUAAUUAUUGUUCUCUUCCUUUGAAACCUGUAGGGCAAUGUUGCGAGCAAUGUGGUGCAAUUUUAAGUUUUCGACAAAAUACUCUUAAUUUUACAAAAUCUCUUGAAAUUAUUAAAAAAUAUGGAAAAUUAAUUAAAGAUUUUGAAUGGCUCCCAAAAGAUUCUGGAAUUUCUUUUGUUCGAAUAGAUAAUGACGAUUUUCAUCCUUUAUAUCAAAUUUCUAUACUAAAUAAACAUUCAUCCAAUUAUAAUGAGAAUCAAUUCUGCUCUGUAAUUUGGGAUAUAUUUAAGAGAAUUCAGCAAGGAAUUAAUUCUCAUCUCCCUGUUGAAUAUCAACCUUCUGCCGAAAAUGAGGACAAAUUUUAUUUUGAUCUAAAAUUAAAAUGUUCACGACAAGUUGGAAUUAUACAUUUUAAAGAAUUAGUGCCUUGGCUAUUUUUGGGAAUAAUUUUUGGGGUUGUAUUGAUAUUAGCUGUACGUUCAGAAUAUAGAAGGAAUCCACGUUUACGUCUUUUUAUUGCCGAAAGUCUUAGAAAUGAACGUUUUUUAAAUAUUAAUGUAAAAUGGAGAAGGUGAACAAAUGAAAACGUAGAAAUUCCGACAAAUUGGAAUGGAAAUAAUGAAAUAAAUGAUCAGACAAGAAUCAAUUUAUUCUCAACAGUCACUGGAUCAGUUUCUGAAUUUGUUAAUAAAGCAUUUUUAAAAUCGGCCAAAAUUGAUGAAAAUGAAGAAUUACUUGAAGAAGAAGAUAAAUAAUCAUUAAUUUUUAAAUUAAAUUAAAAAAAGUCAUUAAAAAGUUACUAAUUUUUAAAUCAAAAUAAGAGUCUAAACACUUAGAAAAAUCAAAUAAAAUAUCUUGACAAAAGAGUGUUUCGAAAGAUCGAAUUGGACAUCGAAUUUUGGCACGAAAAAGACUCAAACGGCCCGGUUCGAUAAAAAUGAGGCCCGAAAAAAUGACUUGAAAGUCGGCC